AUGAAUGCCGAUGACAAUCCACCCAAUCCACCCCAAAAGCCCUUGCCGCUGGCCAGAGCCGCCCGGUCAUCCACAAUUACAGCUGCGCGCUGGCAGGCCGUCGUAACCCGCGACGCAACAGCCACAACCUUCGUCUAUGCCGUCCAGACAACAAAAAUUUACUGCCGGGCAUCUUGUCCCGCACGCCUCGCGCGACGAGCCAACAUCAGCUUCUUCGAUACCCCCGCGCAGGCAGAAGCAGCAGGCUUCCGGCCCUGUAUGCGCUGCAGACCGGAGACGCUGUCGGCAGCGAGUCCACAGGCCCAGCUGAUACAGAGGGCAUGCGAGCGCAUCCAGGCUGAUGUCAGGGAUGGCUGCAAACCGACGCUCCAGAAGCUGGCUGCGGAGGCCAAUCUGACCCCGAGUCAUUUUCAUCGGGUCUUUAAGAAAGUCAUGGGCGUUACGCCGGGGCAGUAUGCCGCGCAGGCUCUAGGUGGUCAGGGUCAGAAUGUGUCGGACGGUGAGAAUGUGGUUCCUGAUGUUGUCCAGGAUGCUGAUGUUUCUGGCGCUUGGGGAGGGUUUGAGAUCCCAUUUGACGAUGCCGCUAUCUCAUGGAAUGAUUUUGAUGCUAUGAUAGCCGCCGAGGAUGAGUAUGUUUUGGGAUUGGCCGACGCGCAGCAUCAGGAUCUUGGUUUUCAGCAGGUCUCUUAA